AUGGAUGAUGAUAAAAUUGUCAUGUUUGACGCCCAGGGCGCCAUCCGCAUGUAUGAUCCGGAGAGGUUCGACCAGCUACUGAAGACCAUCGAGGUGGAGAAGCGCUUCACCACCCGCAUGGACGACUUCAAGAACAUAGUGAACCAAACCAUGUCGAUUGUCGAGCAGCUGGGCAAAGCCAUUGAGGAAGAAAAGCUCAAGGCGAUCGGGUCCCGCAACAUCGUAGAGAGCGAGGCGGAGGAACGCUUCCGCACAGUCCAGGAGGCACAGGUUCGGCUGCGCGAGAAACAGACGGAGCUGGACCGCUAUGUCGCCGAGUAUGACUCCCUCCGCAAGGUGGAGCAGGAGCAGGAGCUUGUCAUUCAGCGCCUGAGCCAGUCCGCGCAAGACUAA